GAAGUUAUUCGAGCGAUACCCAGACCUGCCCUCCUCCCAGCUCGCGAGGACCCAGUGAUGAGCAGGCAAUAAACAAUCUCUAGAUCGAACGAGGGGCUGCCGCUAGACCCCGGGGCAACGCGAUCGCAUACCAAAACACAAAGAAUUGCCUUGGUUCCUGCCGCAAUACGCGAAGAUGGCCCCCGAACGCACCAACACGUCGUGGGACCACGAGUACAACACGCUUCGCCGCGAGAAGCUUUUCCGGAACCCACCAACAGACCGAACCGCCUAUCCCGCCCUCCAGCUCGCCGUCGACCCACACAUCGAGUCGUUCAAUGCGCUCUUUCGAACCGACGGGAAGCCCGGCCUCCUCGACCACUCGCUUGCCGAGAUUGGGACAAAGACAUUUCUGGACGGAGAUGACAGGGCGGCGCCUGGGACCAAAAACAAGUUGACGAUCCGGUAUAAAAGCGUCACCCUCCAGCGGUCCCAGGUUCCGCCGUCCAACAAAUUCGCCAAAAGGCGGGAGAUCUUCCCGGCUGAGUGCAGAGAACGACACGUUUCUUACCGAGGGAAGCUCACGGCUGUCCUCGAAUACAGCAUCAAUGAUGGCGAACCGCAAGAGUUUGUCCGCGAGUUGGGCCAGAUGCCCAUCAUGAUCAAGUCCAACAAGUGCCACCUAGAGAACAAUUCUCCUGCACUUCUUGUGCAGAGGAAAGAGGAAUCCGAGGAGCUAGGGGGCUAUUUUAUCGUCAACGGCAUCGAAAAGAUCAUUCGUCUGCUCCUCGUCAACCGAAGGAACUUCCCGCUGGCUAUCAUCCGCCCGAGUUUCACGAAUCGCGGACCCUCAUACACGCCGUACGGUAUCAUAGUAAGAUCCGUUCGACCCGACGAAACCUCCCAGACCAAUGUGCUCCACUACUUGAACGACGGCAAUGUCACGUUCCGGUUUUCCUGGAGGAAGAACGAGUAUCUCGUGCCAGUCAUGAUGAUACUCAAGGCCCUGAUUGAGACGAACGACCGCGAGAUCUUCGAGGGCCUGGUGGGCCCACCCAAUUCAAAGGGCAUUGAGAACACAUUCCUAACAGACCGUGUCGAACUGCUCCUCCGCACCUACAAGACAUACGGCCUUUACACCAAAACACAGACUCGGGCGUAUCUGGGAGAGAAGUUCCGGGUUGUGCUCGGUGUCCCCGAAACCAUGUCAGACUACGAAGUCGGCACUGAAUUCCUCCGGAGGAUUGUUUUGGUCAACCUUGGCUGCGUCGACGUCACCGAGGAGCAGGAUCUCGACAAGUUCAAGAUGUUGCUAUUCAUGUGCCGGAAACUCUACGCACUAGUUGCCGGUGACUGUGCGGUUGACAACCCUGACGCCGUUCAAAACCAGGAAAUCCUGCUCGGUGGCUUCCUGUACGGCAUGGUGUUGAAGGAGCGACUCGACGAAUUGCUGUCCGUCUCGCUCAGGCUAGCGUUACGCGACUAUUUGAGAAGGAACCCAUCCCAGUCUUUUACUUCGUCCGGCUUCACGAAGGACUUUCCCAUUGCCAUAUUCAGGAGAACGAACGAGAACCUCGGUAAUGCACUGGAGUACUUCCUCUCCACUGGCAAUCUCCAGAGCCCCUCGGGUCUCGACCUGCAACAGACAUCGGGUUUUACCGUGGUGGCUGAGAAGCUCAACUUCCUGCGUUUUAUCAGCCACUUCCGCAUGGUCCAUCGUGGUAGUUUCUUCGCCCAGCUGAAAACUACGACCGUCAGAAAACUGCUCCCCGAGUCCUGGGGCUUCCUGUGCCCAGUGCACACCCCUGACGGCUCGCCCUGUGGGUUGUUGAACCACAUGGCCCACAAAUGCAAGAUCAUCACGGACUCGGUGGACGCAUCGGCCGUGGCUGGUGUUGCCAUGGAGCUAGGGGUUAAUGACUACUCCUCCGCCGCUACCAGUGAGAGUGUCGUGGUGAUGCUCGAUGGUAGGAUUAUCGGCUGGUGUACUCCCAAAGCUGCCAGGGCAGUCUCUGAUAGCCUGCGGCGUUGGAAGGUAGAGGGCGGCCAUGGCAUCCCCAAACUCCUGGAGAUCGGCUAUGUGCCCCCUUCAAAGGGUGGGUCGUACCCCGGUAUCUACAUGUCUUCGCAGUCGUCUAGGAUGGUUCGACCCGUCAAGUAUCUCCCCUUGGAAAAGGAAGACUUUGUCGGCCCGCACGAGCAGCCGUACAUGUCUAUCGCCUGUACGGACGGUGAAGUCCUUCCGGGCGACUCGACGCACGUCGAAUUCGACCCCACCCACAUCCUCUCCAUCCUAGCGAACAUGACCCCCUUCUCCGACUUCAACCAAUCGCCCCGCAACAUGUACCAGUGUCAGAUGGGUAAGCAAACAAUGGGUACACCGGGGACUGCUCUCCGGCAUCGGACGGAUAACAAGAUGUACCGCCUCCAGACGGGCCAGACACCUAUCGUCCGCGCUCCAUUGCACAACACGUACGGCUUCGACAACUUCCCGAACGGUAUGAACGCCGUGGUCGCUGUCAUAUCAUACACGGGCUACGACAUGGACGACGCCAUGAUUAUCAAUAAGUCGGCCCACGAGCGCGGGUUUGGUCACGGUACGAUCUACAAAACCAAGAAGGUCAGCCUGAAGGAUGACUCGAGGACGCGCACGUCCAAGACGAUCGGCAAGAUGUUCGGUUUCGCCCCCGGCAGCGCCGUCAGGGCGUCGGACCGCGAGAUGCUCGACGAAGACGGGCUGCCCUACGUGGGACGCCUGGUCCGGGAGGGGGACAUCCUUUGCGCGUGGCACACUGUCUCGGCAGACUAUAGCGGGCAACUGAUUAAUAGGGAUGGCAUCACGCACUGGGAGCGAUACAAGGAGGCGGAAGACGCCUUCAUCGACGAGGUGCGCGUGAUUGGCAGCGACUCGAGCACCGAACCCCUACAGACCGUCUCGAUCAAGCUCCGCAUCCCCAGAUCACCCAUUAUCGGCGACAAGUUCUCAUCACGCCACGGUCAGAAGGGUGUCGCCUCUCAAAAGUGGCCGGCCAUCGACAUGCCCUUUUCCGAGACGGGCAUCCAGCCCGACGUCAUCAUCAACCCCCACGCUUUCCCUUCCCGCAUGACCAUCGGCAUGUUCGUAGAGUCACUGGCGGGCAAGGCCGGCGCCCUGCACGGCCUGGCGCAGGACUCAACGCCGUUCAAGUUCAACGAGGAGCACACGGCGGGCGACUACUUUGGCCACCAGCUGAUGAAAGCCGGCUACAACUACCACGGCAACGAGCCCAUGUACUCGGGUAUCACGGGCGAAGAGUUCGCCUGCGACAUCUACAUCGGCGUCGUCUACUACCAACGGCUGCGCCACAUGGUGAACGACAAGUACCAGGUGCGUACCACGGGCCCCGUGGUCCCGACGACGGGCCAACCCAUCAAGGGCCGCAAGAAGGGUGGCGGUAUCCGCGUGGGUGAGAUGGAGCGCGACGCGCUACUGGCGCACGGCACGGCUUUCCUGCUGCAGGACCGCCUGCUCAACUGCUCCGACUACUCCAAGUCGUGGAUCUGCCGCGACUGUGGGUCGUUCCUAGCGGUGCAGCCGACGGUGUCGCCGUUUAUUGGCAAGCGUAAGCAGGUCGGCACCGUCCGCUGCCGAAACUGUGCGCAACGCCUGGACCAGAUUGAGGGGCUAGAUCUAAUGAAGCUGGAUGGCGAGAUCUGGGAGGACGGACAGGGCGUGCAGUGGAUCGGGGGUGAGAAUACCACCAUGGUGGUUGUUCCGGGGGCGCUGAAGUUCCUGGAUGUGGAGCUGGCGGCUAUGGGUGUGAAGUUGAAGUACCGGGUGGAUACCAAGGACGCGAUUCGGAGGGGACCCCUGAGGGCGACGGCGCCGAAGGCCCUCCCGAACGUAACGGCUUCGGCGUGAUGGAGUACCAUGUGAUUUUUCUUGCAAGCAAAAUAGUCAAACUGUCUACUACUGCAGUCUCUCCCAUGUCUCGUCUCGCCCCUCUCGGACCUGCUACCUAUGUCUACCCCGAGAUCUCGUCCCCGUCAAAGACCAGGCAACGGCACUGUUACACCUGGCGAAAGAAAUACCAAGACACCGCCCUCGCGAGCGUAGCUGAGCCUUUACGGCGGCGUGAGACGUGACCACGUCCGCCUACUCGCAGAUGCAUGCUAUGGGUGUUGUGGGGAACACGAGGGAAAUGAGGCCGCUGCAGUGAUCCCGACACUGGAAUAAAACCCAUUUAUGUCCUCAUGGUAGACGGUUGUGACGGGUAUAUCAUGCAGUCUCCCGCCGCCCUAAAUAGGGGCUUGGGCCUCGUUGCUCGUAUCAACUCCAGAAGGGAAGGUCGGUCUGGUCUGAGCGAGGCCUUAUGU